CAACACCGUUCCACGUUUCAUCAUGGUGACAAAAGAGGGAAGUGGGAUAUGUUCUAUGACGCGGUUCCGUUGUUAGCACCGCCCCGCACCACCUUGUUAUGUUGGUUGAGACCCUCGGUUGACACCAGUGCAGACAGGAGGAGGGGACGGUGCAACUGUGAAUGAGAACAAUUCCAGUCUCCAUGUGGAUGGACAACAUUCUACAUCAUUGGGAAGUAUUUUUGUUCACUAGUUGAAGUGGAUCCCACAGAGACAUGAAAGGCAAGGGGAAAUAGAGUUGGUUUUGGCUUGAAGUUAAAACAACCUCUGAGAGAUCUAGUAUUUACAUAAUAAAGAAACCCUUUUUUUCAUUUGAUUAUGGAUCAGUCCACAAUGGAUAGCCCUGUGACUUUGGUGAUUAAAACUCCAAAUCAAAAGUAUGAUGACCAAACAAUUAACUGCUUUCUGGACUGGACAGUGGAGAAACUAAAAAGUCAUCUUUCAAACGUUUACCCAAGUAAACCGUCAACCAAGGAUCAAAGGCUUGUUUAUUCUGGCAAACUUCUCCUUGAUCACCUGCGGUUGAAAGAUGUUCUCAGGAAACAAGAUGAGUACCACAUGGUUCAUUUAGUGUGUGCCUCCAGAACUCCUCCAAGCUCCCCAAAAGCCAGCCACAACAAGGAGAGAAUAGCAAGCACCAGCAGUUCAAGUUCAGAACAUUCAGGACCAGCCUCCCAUCUGUCAUCAAGUCAAGAAAUGUCAGCCACGUCAUCCGUUCCUGGUUAUGAUGAAAACCUGAGGCAUCGACAAACAUUACCAGUGUCUUCAAAUCUCACUUAUAGCCAUCCUUUUUCAUACCUUAGAGUGGAUAGACCUGUAGGAAAUCCGCUUCCUGAUCAAGGAGCUCCAGCUGUUUUUCCAACCUAUCCUGUCUUCAGUCCGUUACAGAUGAUGUGGUGGCAGCAGAUCUAUGCACGGCAAUACUAUAUGCAGUACCAUGCAUCAGUCUCUGAACAGGCACCACCAGAAAGUGAAGCUUCACAACCAUCUCCUCCUCCUGCCAUCAACUCACCCCAUCCGCCUCCUAACCCACCCAGGGCAGUUCAAAAUGUGGUGCCGCAGGUGAACCAGAAUGUUCAGAUGAAUGCGCAGGGUGGCCCAGUAAUGAAUGAAGAAGACAUCAAUCGUGAUUGGCUUGACUGGAUGUACACUGUGUCUCGUGCUGCCAUUCUUCUCAGUGUUGUAUACUUCUACUCAUCGUUCAGCCGCUUUGUUAUGGCAGUUGGUGCUAUGAUACUUGUGUACAUGCAUCAGGCUGGUUGGUUUCCCUUUCGACAAGAAGAAGGACAGCAGCCGGCAAGAGAAAAUGCUGCAGCAGCAAAUCACAAUAUAAUUAAUAACAAUGAGCUUAGAGAGCUGGAACGGCAGAUGGAUGAUGGACUGCAAGAGGAUGUUGGGGAUGAAAAUGCAGAUAAUGCUGCUUUAAUUCAGCGUCCAGGACUCUUCGCAUCAGCCUGGUCCUUCAUCACCACUUUCUUUACCUCUCUUAUACCAGAAGGACCUCCACAUGUUGCCAAUUAGGUUUUGAGUACAGAUAUAAAAUGGGAAUUGAUGUUUCCUGAACUAAAGUAUUGGAUAUAAGUGCAAUGUCAAAAUGAUUCACUUUUUUUUUUUUGCUUCUAUCCUACAGUUUAAUAUUUAGCCUUUGAAUAUUGUUGUUAUUUUUAGCACAAAGUGUACUUUGGGCCUUUUCCCUUUUUUAAGAUCAUAUUCUCAUUUAAAGAGGAACAAAUAGGGUUAGUUUCUGUCUUCCAUUAUUUUGUUUUAUCUUUAUUGCAGUGUUUUAAGAUUUUACAUUGUGCUUAUGCACAAAUCAAUUAAAUAUACGUGUUUAUUUUUUAAUACACACACUUUGAAUUGAAGGUGACCUUUUAUAAUCGACGUUUUGGUAUAUGUGACUUUUUAUUGCUGAACUACAUAUUGCAAUCUAAAAAUAAGUCUUAAGGUUUCUUUAGAGAUGAAAAUGCUAACAGUUCUGGUGGGAGAGUCACAUUAUUUCAGAGAUUUAAAUUUCAGUUAGAAUCAUCUAGUCAAUAUUUUAUAAAACUUCAAAAUUGGCUUAUGGGUAGAAAAAUAUUUUAAAAGUAACUAAUUAGAAUAUAGUUUUCAAUUACAAUUUUGCAUACAUUUUGGGCCAGAUCACAAGUGGCGUGCUAAUUUGUUCUCAGCACUAUCUGAGCUCAAAGUAAGAAAUAAUCCGGAUUUACGUGCAUAUUACAAAAUGUUAGGGCAGAAGCAAAAUACUUCAGGGCUUCAAAUAUCAAGAUCAUGCUAACUCCCUCUCCCUAUAGAUUUCUAUGGGUCGCGCUGAAGAAAGCCUUUUCUGUUUAUCACUCGAUAACCCGGUACUGCGCUAAAUCAUCUGCGCUAAAGCUGAAGGUGCAUCAGGAAUUCUUUAAACUCCUAUGUUCUUCACUAGAAGAAAAUGUUCUUUUUAUUUUUAAAAGUACAGUGUGUGUGUAUGUUUAUAUAUGUAUGUAUAUAUUUAUGUAUGCGUGUGUGUGUGUGUGUAUAUAUAUAUAUAUAUAUAUAUAUAUAUAUAUGGUAUUGAAAAUAAAAAAAUCUAAGUAAAGAACUUAGGAAUUUCAAGUAUUUCUAUUAAAAACAGAUUACAACAUGUUAGGUAUUUGACUGGGAAUGACUCAAACGUGUAUACAUAUAUAAGAGUUUUUUUAACCCUUACACUUCAGGUUUCUAGUAGCAUUAAAUAUUUUAGCACAGUUUAACGUUCAACUUGUUUUAUAAGCGCUAUUUAGCAUUGUUGCAAUAUCCAUUGAAAGUAUAGGUUGCGCUAGAGUGAUGUCGGCCGCACUAACCAUUCUGUGGUAAAUGUGAUUUACCAUGUACUUUUAAUAUCAGGUUAGCACACCACUUGUAAUCUGUUUUUUUUUUUUUUUUUUGAGAGUACACAUCUAUUGAGCUACCUUGUGAAAUCAAGUGGUGGUCAAGCAUUAUAAAUCUUCAAAUGGUCUCCUGUUUUUCCAUAAAACUGAAAUUAUGUACUACGUGCUUACUAUCUGACAGCAGUUUUGUCACAUUAACUUUUACCACUGGUUCUAACACCCAUUGGCGAAAUAAAGAUUGCACAUCCCUAGUUGUAAGUUGGUUGACAUAAUUAAUUUGUAUAAAUGAAUAUUUAUUUAUUUUGAAAGGUUGUGAUAAUUCAUUUUAUUCUCACACUGUCAUACAGUAAAUGAGAAAAUAUUGGUUGAAGUAUAGUCUUAUUGCUACUAGAGUAAGUACAAAAUUCCUCCCAUAAGUUUGAAGGGACACUUCUCUUCCACUAUAUAUCUCCUUCCUUACACAUAAUUAAUUGUCUACCCAUUUGGAGUACUGUAGACUGACUUGAAGCACUGUGCCAAUCUAUAUUUUUUAAUGCCUACAUAAAGAAUGCAGUUACCCCCUGACUGUGACCUUGUUAGUGGCUGUUUUAUACAGGCACCCUUGUACAUUUUAUAGGAAUAUGUUUGGGCAAUUUAUCUGUGAAUUCAUCGUCUGUUUUUGAGGCUAUGGGUACUUGUUUAGUGUUAUUCUGAAGGAAUAUACAGUGGAUAUAAAAAGUCUACACACUCAUGUUAAAAUGUCAGGUUUCUGUGAUGUAAAAAAAUUAGACAAAGAUAAAUAAUUUCAGAACUUUUUCCACCUUUAAUGUGACCUAUAAACUACACAACUCAAUUGAAAAAGCAAAAUAAACAUUUUAUUUAAAAAUAUCUCUGAGGAAGCGCAUGUGAACAUGUCAGAUAGUCAGAGCUGCAUCUCUUGUCUAUCACCUGCAUGAAUAAACUCUGAUUGAAGCACUGGCAUCCAGUCCGGAUUUGUCCUCUUUUUUUCUGAUUUUAUUUAAAAAGGCAGCUUUUUUUCUUUCCUGAUCGCUGUCUAUUUGUGAAAUCACCUGCUGUUUUUGUUGUGAUAUCACCUGUGGAGCUGUUUGCCUGAUAUCAUUCUGUGAGUAUACUGCACUUAUAUAUUAAGGUGCACAGACAUACUAAGUCAAUGUGAUAUUCUUUGAACACAGAUACAGACAGAACCCCUUUUUGGGAAGAUUGUGAAAUCACCUGUGGAGCCGCUUGUCUGAUAUUACUCUGUGAGUAUACUGCACUUAUGUAUUAAUGUGCUCAGACAUACUAUGCCAAUCCGAUAUUCUUUGAACACAGAUACAGACAGAAUUCUUCUGGGAAAAUUGUGCAACAGAGAGAAAAAUCAUUUGGAGAUCCCUUAGAACCAGCGCCUCUAUCUGCCAAUAUAUACAUUGUUUGUACAGCUUUGAGAGAGACUGUUUGGAAGGCAGCGGUUCUAACUAAAGGGAAGUAACUAUCCUAUUGUAUAUUUUUUUUUGUUCUCAAUUGAAAAACAAACUGAAAUCUUUAAGGUGGAGGGAAGUAAACAAAAAAAACUAAAAUAAUGUAAUGUAAUAAUAAAUAACUGGGGAUGUAGCUGUGUUCAGAAAUAAGCAAUCACAUUCAAAACCAUGUUAAAUAAGAGUCAUCACACACCUGCCAUAAUUUAAAGUGCCUCUGAUUAACCCUGAAUAAAGUUCAGCUGUUCUAGUAGGUCUUUCCUGACAUUUUCUUAGUCGCGUCCUACACAAAAGCCAUGGUCCGCAGAGAGCUUCCAAAGCAUCAGAGGGAUCUCAUUGUUAAAAGGUAUCAGUCAGGAGAAGGGUACAAAAGAAUUUCCAAGGCAUUAGAUAUACCAUGGAACACAGUGAAGACAGUCAUCAUCAAGUGGAGAACAUAUCGCACAACAAUGACAUUACCAAGAACUGGAUGUCCUUCCAAAAUUGAUGAAAAGACGAGAAGAAAUCUGGUCUGGGAGGCUACCAAGAGGCCUACAGCAACAUUAAAGAAGCUGCAGGAAUAUCCGCCAAGUACUGUGUGGUACAUGUGAUAACAAUCUCCUGUAUUCUUCAUAUGUUUGGGCUUUGGGGUAGACGGCAAGGUUGGACUUUUUGGCAAUAAUUCCAAAAGAUAUUUUUGACGCAAAAACAACACUGCAUAUCACCAAAGAACACCAUACCCACAGUGAAACAUGGUGAUGGCAGCAUCAUGCUUUGGGGCUGUUUUUCUUCAGCUGGAACUGGGGCCUUAUUCAAGGUAGAGGGAAUUAUGAACAGUUCCAAAUACCAGUCAAUAUUGGCACAAAACCUUCAUGCUUCUGCUAGAAAGCUGAACAUGAAGAUGAACUUCAUCUUUCAGCAUGACAACGACCUAAAGCAUACAUCCAAAUCAACAAAGGAAUGGCUUCACCAGAAAAAGAUUAAAGUUUUGGAAUGGCCCAGCCAGAGCCCAGACCGGAAUCCAAUCGAAAAUCUGUGGGGUGAUCUGAAGAGGGCUGUGCACAGGAGAUGCCCUCGCAAUCUGACAGAUUUGGAGUGUUUUUGCAAAGAAGAGUGGGCAAAUCUUGCCAAGUCAAGAUGUGCCAGGCUGAUAGACUCAUACCCCAAAAGACUGAGUGCUGUAAUAAAAUCAAAAGUUGCUUCAACAAAGUAUUAGUAUUAGCACACUUAUGCAACCAUAUUAUUUUAUUUUUACUUCCCUUCACCUAAAAAAUUUCAGUUUGUUUUUCAAUUGAGUUGUACAGUUUAUAGGUCACAUUAAAGGUGGAAAAAGUUCUGAAAUGAUUUAUCUUUUUCUAUCACAGAAACCUGCCAUUUAAACAGGGGUGUGUAGACUUUUUAUAUCCACUGUGUGUGUGUGUGUAUAUAUAUAUAUAUAUAUAUAUAUAUAUACACUCACACUCACUGUAUAUUGUUAGGGGCUUUACAGCUUGUUUUAAUUAUGGCUGUUCAAUGUACCCUGUAUUUUAGAUAAUACAGUCCUGCUUCAUAAUGCACAUUGAGAAUUAGGUUGUAUGAACCUUAUGUUUGUGGGAAUGUCUUUCGGAUAGAUGGUCUGUAUAUAUGCCCCCAUAUCAUCAUUAUUAUAUUACAUUUCUCUAACCUAAGUUUUCUUCUGCUGUAUGUUAUUGUUAGCACUGUAGAAUCUGUUGGCACUCUACAAAUAACUAAUAAUCGGCUAGAUUAUGAGUUUUGCGGUGCGGCUAUUAAAGCUGAAAAAUUGGCCAUUACGCUGGAAUGGCCGGGAAUGCAUAUUACGAGUUGAGGCGGUAUAGCUAUACCGCGGGCAUUUUAGCCUGUAACACAACGUCCAUUCUGCACUCAAAAAAAUGUUGUUUGAGUGCAGGAUUUUCCAUAGCGUCGUAUUACAGGUUGUGCGGUCUGGCUAAAAUGCUUGCGUUACAGCUUAUACCGACUCGAUCCAUACCACCACCUGAGAGCAGUAGUUAUGGAUUUUGCGAAAUAAAAAUGUUUCAUAAAACUCAUAACUAAAAUGUUACAAAAAACACUAACACCCAUAAACUACCUAUUAACCCCUAAACCGCCACCCUUCCGCAUUGCAAACACUAUAUUAAACCUAUUAACCCCUAAUCCACCGCUCCCCGACAUCGCCAACACUAAUAAAAGUUAUUAACCCCUAAUCCGCCGUCCCCGACAUCGCUGACACCUAAAUAAACCUUUUAACCCCUAAACCGCCGGCCCCCCACAUUACCACAACUGUAAUAAAGUAUUAACCCCUAAACCUCCAGCCCCCCACAUCGUAACUACUAAACCUAUUAACCCCUAAACCGCUGGCCCCCCACAUCGCAAAACACUAAAUUAAACUAUUAACCCCUAAACCUAACACCCCCCUAACGUUAAAUAAAAAAACAUCUUAAAAUAAAUACAAACUUACCUGUAAAAUAAUAAAAAAUACACCUAAGUUUAAACUAUAAAUUAACAUAACAAUUCUAAUAAAAAUAAAAAAAACUACCAAUUAAAAAAUCUAAAUUACAAAUUUAAAAAAACCUAACACUACGAAAAAAUUUAAAAAAUAUAAAUUUACAAAAAAUAAACACUAAAUUACGAAAAAUUUAAAAAAAAACUAAGCUUACAAAAAUUAUUAAACGAAAUAUAAAAAAAAAAACAAUUACACCUAAUCUAAUAUCCCUAUAAAAAUAAAAAAGCCCCCCAAAAUAAAAACACCCCCAAACCUACAAUAAACUACCAAUAGCCCUUAAAAAGGCCCUUUGUAGGGCAUUGCCCUAAGUUAAACAUCUCUUUUACCUUAAAAAAAAGUCCCCCAAAAAAGUAAAUCAACCUACCCAACCAACCACCCAAAAUAAAAAAAACCUAACUCGAAAAAAAAAAGCAUUCAGCUCUUUUAACCUGCCCAAAGCCCUAAUCUUAAAACAAAAAACACCCAAAAAAAAAAAAAAAAAAAACUAACACUAUAACCCCAUAAAUUCUACUCACGAUUCCUGAAGUCCAGACAUCCAUCUUCAUCCAGGCGGCGAGGAUUCUUCAUCCAGGCAGCAACACCUUUAUCCAUCUCGGGGACAUCUUCUAUCUUCAUCCCGGCAGGACGGAGCGGAGCUAUCCUGGACGGCGAAGACAUCCUGCGCGGAACGUCCUCUUCAUACGGUCACCGCCGUACACUGAAGUUGAAUGCAAGGUAGCCGUUAUAAAAUCGCGUAUCUUGUAUUCCUAUUGGCUGAUUUGAUUCUUCAAAUUCAAAUCAGCCAAUAGGAUGAAAGCUUCUGAAAUCCUAUUGGCUGAUUUGAACUGAUUGUUUGCAUCAGUUAUCUUGUGGCUGUUCACAAAAAGUCUACAAUACAAGAAUUUACAGACAUGUCAGAUGGGCGCUAGUUAAUCUCAGGACACCUUCUACUGUUCAUAGUCUAGGUUUUCACAAAUAUCACAGAAAAUAACUUUACCAUCAGAAAAUUCAUCCUGUGCAGUGGUCUGUGUACAUUGGUUGUUUCCUAUGGCAAUCUCAGAAAUAUUUAGUUCCAGAUUUAGAUAUGAUAGCAGUAAAGGAAACCUGCAAAAUAAUUCUGCUAAAAAAUAGACAGUUAUGUUUUAGAAGUAGAUGUAAUGGUAAUUUCUUGGAGACAAUGUUUUUGUGCUGCUCUUUUAAAUGAGGCAAGCAGAAGGUAACUAAUAUUGGUACCCACCAGUCUAAAAUUGACUUGAUAUUGGACCUAGGACUUCUUAAAUGGCAUUUUUCAUUCUCAGAUUGUUGUCUCAGAACCCAUUUCUUAACCAAGAUCUAAAAGUGUUUGAACAAGCUACUUGGAUCCUUGAAUCUCAAGAAUAGUGAAUAAAAAUUAUUUUCUAAUAAGAAAAUGGGUAUUUUCCUUGGGAUUACCUUUCUACUCCCAUGGUUUCAGAUUUUGUUUUAAAAAUGGUGUCAGUAUUGGUUUAUCCAUUAUUUUUCAGAAAGUACAGAUGUCUGCAGUGUCACUUGUUUUUUUUCGUAAGUAUUUGCUAUUCCCCAUGAUUGUAUUAUAUUCCUCUUGUGUACAGUAAUAACUUAAUCUAGUGUUCUUUUUUUGAAACUUAGGUCCUCUUGAGCGUAUCUCAGUAUUCUCUCAUGGAAAGGAGCUAAGUUUUAAAAAAAGGAUACCAAGCGAACAAGGCACAUUUGAUAGAUGUAAAUUGUCAUAUUUCGUUUUAAAUUGUAUGUUUUAUAUCAGUCAUGAAAAGUUUAAUUUUUACCUACAAGUCCCUUUUUAAAAGUUGUUUAAAAAAAUCAGGUAUAUUUUUGUCCAUAGCAAAAUAUAUUUUAGAGUUUGGUAUAUUUCUUUGUCUUAUUCUUCCUCAGGAUAAGGGUGUCGUGAGUGUUGCUUUGUUUGUUUCCUAAGAUAGGCUCCUCUUUUGACAGUACAGAAUUAUGGUUUCUUCAUUCUGUCUGAAGCUGUGAUCUUGAAACUGGACCAUCGCUUUUAUCUUGUCAUAACUUUCAAGUACUAAUUGAUAGCUUGUACAGAUAUCGGAACACUGCUUAUCUUUUUUUGUUCUCCAUUCUAGGGUCAAAAAGCUUCCAGCUAAUUGGAUUUAUUCUAUUAUCUUUAUGGUUUGUGAGUUCAGGAGGAAUCCAGUGCCUUCUAAGGAUUAGAGGUCUAUUUUUCAAAGUAUAAAUAACUAGAGUUCCAGAGAUGGGAUUUACCAUGUUUUGUGUCACCAAAAUUGACAAAACUACUCCAAAUACAUCAUAAAACAAAUUAACGUGUUUUCAUGGGUGAUACAUUUAAUAGCCUGAAUGAUAGAAUCCAUGGGGUUAAAACAAGUGUGAAAGGUAAAUGGGCGCUUCAUGUUGCGAUUCCAAGGAUGCAAUUAUUUGUGCAUAUAUUGACAAUGAAAAUCUAUUUCAUAAUAUAUCAUAGUUUUGUGACUUCAAGGACAUCUAUGUAUUAAUAAUAGAUUUCACAUCGUAUUAUUAGGUUGCUAUUGCAAAAACACAGUUCUGCAGGCAUUCAUUAGAGGAUGAUUUAGUAUUUUCUCUUUGCUACUACCCCUGUAUGUAAUACACUGUUAUGUAUAUAUACAGUAUAUAUAUAUAUAUAUAUAUAUAUAUAUAUAUAUAGUGAAAAUGUCUUAAUGAAACAGUGAAACAGAUAUGUUUAGUUCAAAAGUUUCUGGCAUAUUUAAACAAUUUAAAUAUUUUAUUUAAAAAAAAAAUCUGUUGGAACAUUAUAUGAUCACAUAUGACAUUAAACAAACAACUUGAAUAAUCACAAUGUUUUAAAAAUAUAUAUAAAAAAAUUGUACAUGCCAAAAAGAGGCAGCAGCUCAAUAUUUGUUAAUUUAGCAAUGCCAUUUACUAAUUUAAUAAUAUGAAGGUAAUUUUGGUUGUGGGCAUUUUUAAAUAUUUUAACAUAAUCAUUUAAAACAUAUAGAGUUUAAAUAUUUGAUACGCUUUUCUAAAGGAUUGUGAGCAACCUCAUAGUCAUGUAAAUGCAUCAACUGAUAUUAAAAAAUAUUUGCAAUUUUGUUUUUAUAUUUUCUAUUUUUUUUAUUUUGGUUGCAAAACAUGCUAUAGUGAUACACAACUGGAAAUCUACUCAUCCUGCUUUGUACCAUCUAUAAGUACUUACCCUUAGACUAGGAGUACCUGGAGUGACCCAUGAGGGGCCUUGUGAUCUACAUGACAAUACGUAGGGUCACUGGGUGUUGCAGCACAAGGCUGCUGUUCCUCAGGGGAGUAUAUGGGGAAGGGAGGAGCCUCCUGUGGGCCUGUAACUAAUCCUCUUGCUUGCAUGAAAUAUAAACAUAAAAAAUUGUCUUUAAUUGCUUUUUGUACUGAAAGAAUUAAAUAUGGUGAAAACAAUAACUGCUAAAGUAAAUAAAUCCAUUUACAAGUUUAAUUAAACCAUAUCUAGCGUAAACCCUUAAUGCACUAUUUGUUAUUGCAUCUUUGUUUGGACUUGGUCCUCUCAUAGCAGUUUUGGAAACCAACAACUCUAUUAGCUGUUUUAAUUUUAAAAUAAGACUGCACUAUCAUUUCUUGCAUGAUUUAGAUAGAACAUACCAUUUUAAACAACUUUUCAAUUUACUUCUAUUAUCCAAUUUGCUUCAUUCACUUGGCAUCCUUUGUUGAAGGAGUAGCAGUGCACUAUGGGGAGCUAGUUGAACACAUCAGAGGAGACAAUGACGAGGAAUUUAUGUGCAGCCACUAACCAUCAGCUAGCUCCCAGUAGUGCAUUGCUGCUCCUGAGCCUACCUAUCCUUUCAGCAAAGGAUACCAAGACAACUUAGUGAAUUGCAUAAUAUAAGUACAUUUGAACAUUGCAUGUUUUUUAUGAAUCAUGAAAGAUUAUCUUUACUUUACUGUCCCUUUAUAGGAAAACUAGAGGGAAUCAAUGUCAUUUCUAAAACAGAAAUAUAUGAAUAUUGCUAUGGAAGAUACAUUCUCUGAAUGAGUAACGUUAUAUUGAUAAAAUGUGUUUUUUUAAGUUGACAUUUCUCACAAUUUGGGGUUUGUUUUCUUUAUCACAGCAGAAAUAGUAAUUGGAAAGUGUUUGUUUAAACUAUAUUCAUUAUAGUAUUGAUAACUGCUCAAGGGUAGCUUACAAUGAAAUUAUACUUAUUUCAACUAUACUUCUAUACCUAUUGUCUAGCCGGUUUGCUCAACUGCCAUGUAUUGUACCAUUAAACUAGUUUUCAUACAAUAGCAGUUCUGUUCUGAGAGUGUCAAAGGGAUAUUAGUUGCUAAAUAAAAGCUACGUAGAAUGAACAAAGAUUAGCAUGAUAAUAAUAUGCAGGUGUAUUUUUUUUUUUCCAAUUAAUUUAGAUGUUUAAAUAUUGAAAGAAUCAAUGUAACGUUUUAGAGUCCACAAAGCAAAUGGGUGCUGCCAUGUUGUAAUCUAGGUUUGCUUCUCUGCUGUAGCUGAUUGUGGACAGGUAUAAACAAGUCACUAGAAUGUGCAACCAAUCACUGUGUAGAAUAUAACUGUGUUAUGCCUGAAGCCUGCACUUUUAACAGGGAUUGUACACAAAUCUCUGAAUUAAAUUACAGGGAAAAUAAUUUUAUUUUUUUAAAUUACAUGCAAUUAAAAGGAGAUGAAACCCAUUUUUUUUCUUGAUUCAGAUAGAACAUGCAAUGUUAAAAAAACUUUCUAAUUUAAUUCUAUUAUCACAUUUUCUUUUUUCUCUUGGCAUCAUUUGUUGAAAAGCAGGGAGGUAAUUUCAGGAGCGUGUUUGCAGCACUAUAUGGAAGCAGUUUUGCAAAACUGUUAUUCAUUUGCAAGAACACUAGAUGGCAGCAGUAUUUCCUGCCAUCUACUGCUUUAGGCACCUACCUAGAUCUCUCGUCAGCAAAGAAUACCAUGGGAAGUAAGCUAAUUUGAUAACAGAAGUUAAUUGGAAACAUUUUUUUUAAAUUGUAUGCUCUUGUCUAAAUCACUAAAGAUUUUUUUUGGGUCCCAUAUCCAUUUAAAAUAUUAUAUUGCAAUUUUAGUGUCUUAUGUCCCCUUUAACAUUGUUUUUCCCUGUGGUUGGUAAAGAUCAUAUUUCUCAUAAUAUUUAGUUGUACUAAAGAUUGUAGGCUUUAAGGCUAUGCAGAUUAUUUUUUUUAAUUUUAAGGAUUUUUCCCUUUUCUUUGUUUCCCAUGUCAGUUUUAGGGCAACACUGCAGAUCUAACAGUAUGUACAUCUUUAUUGCUUGUAAACCUUUAAACAAAAUUGCUAGAGAUUAGUGUAAAAAAAAAAUACAUUUGAUCACUGGCUUGAAAAUCUCAGCAAAGCCUUAAUCAUAAUUGUGCACUUUCUAACAUUUUAUUCAUAAUAGCACUUAAAGUCAAGGUAAUGUUUGACAAAUCAGUGCCCGGGUUUUAAUAAUCCUAUUAAAAACAGGGGCAUUUUAAUUCAUCAAAUUUUAUAUUUCACUAGUUUUGUUAAUCCUGACAGCCGCUGCAGUGCUUGCUCCGCCCAUCACAAGUCCUCUUCCCGGGUCCAAAAUUACGAAUCUGGCUUCCUCAAAUCACGACGUUGCCUCAGGCCAUAAAUCCCCCGGGGGGAAAGCGUGAUUGGAGGAAGCUGGAUUCGUCAUUUCCGACGUAUGAAGAGGCAUCCGACGGUCGGGGGAGACGCUGGAGCGGCUGUCAGGAUUAAAAGGUAAGUUUUUGAUCAAAACAAAUGAAAUGUAAAGUUUGAUGAAUUAAAGUGCCCCUGUUUUUAAUAGGAUUAUUAAAAACCGGGCACUGAUUCGUCUAACAUUUGCUCACUAUUUAGUAUGUACUUACCACCUAAAUAAAAUGUUUGGCUUAUUCAAUAAUCUAGUCUUUAACAGUAUGUGGUUAUAUGUUGGUCACAGGAAAUUGGCAAUGGAUUCACAUUCGUGUUAGAAGCUGAAUGUGGUUGAAUACAACAGACAGUAUAGUCUUUAAUGUAAAUAUUAUCCUGUUGCGUGUGUGUGUGGAUGAAGCAUAUAGUAUGCUUAAAUUACAAACCUGUAAGAAAUGAAACUGUAAUUACAAUGUUUUAUAAUUAAAAUGUAAUAAAGUACUCUGAAAAAUAAUAUAAA